GCAGCGACGCUCUAGCCCGCAGUGUGCCGGGCGGGCUCUCAGUGGUGCGGCCGGCGGGCGGCGAUGGCGGCCGUACGGGGCCUGCGAGUGUCGGUGAAGGCGGAGGCCCCGGCGGGGCCAGCCUUGGGGCUCCCGUCGCCUGAAGCGGGUUUGGACCGAGGCGAACCGGAGCCCAUGGAGGUGGAGGAGGGCGAACUGGAGGUCGUGCCCGUUCGGCGCUCGCUGAAGGAACUGAUCCCGGACACAAGCAGAAGAUAUGAAAACAAGGCUGGCAGCUUCAUCACCGGAAUUGAUGUCACCUCCAAGGAAGCAAUUGAAAAGAAGGAACAGCGAGCCAAGCGCUUCCAUUUUCGAUCAGAAGUAAAUCUUGCCCAAAGAAAUGUAGCCUUGGACCGAGACAUGAUGAAGAAAGCAAUCCCCAAAGUGAGACUGGAGACAAUCUACAUUUGCGGAGUAGAUGAGAUGAGCACCCAGGAUGUCUUUUCCUAUUUUAAAGAAUAUCCUCCAGCUCACAUCGAGUGGUUGGAUGAUACCUCCUGUAAUGUGGUUUGGUUGGAUGAAAUGACAGCCACGAGAGCCCUUAUCAAUAUGAGUUCUCUGCCAGCCCUGGAUAAGAUAAGAAGCAAGGAUGCCAAUGAGGAAAAGUCAUCUGAGAAAAGUAAAAAAGACAAGCAGGAAGACAGUUCUGAUGACGAUGAGGCUGAAGAAGGAGAAGUUGAAGAUGAGACCACAAGUGAUGCCGAGUUGGACACGUUGUCGCAGGUAGAAGAAGAGUCGCUGCUAAGAAACGAUCUUCGUCCAGCUAACAAGCUUGCUAAAGGAAAUAGGUUAUUCAUGAGAUUUGCUACAAAAGAUGACAAAAAGGAACUUGGAGCAGCAAGGAGAAGUCAGUAUUACAUGAAAUAUGGGAAUCCAAAUUACGGAGGCAUGAAAGGAAUCCUUAGUAACUCUUGGAAGCGGAGAUACCAUUCCCGUCGCAUUCAGCGGGAUGUUAUUAAGAAGAGAGCCCUGAUUGGGGACGACGUUGGCCUGACGUCCUAUAAACACCGACAUUCCGGACUAGUGAAUGUUCCUGAGGAACCUAUUGAAGAGGAAGAAGAGGAGGAGGAGGAGCAGGACAUGGAUGCCGACGACAGAGUGGUGGUGGAGUACCACGAGGAGCUCCCGGCCCUCAAGCAGACCCGGGAGCGGAGCACGUCCAGGCGGUCCAGUGCCAGCAGCUCAGACUCUGAUGAAAUGGACUAUGAUCUAGAGCUGAAGAUGAUUUCCACUCCUUCACCAAAGAAAAGCAUGAAAAUGACCAUGUAUGCUGAUGAGGUGGAAUCUCAGUUGAAAAAUAUCAGGAAUUCCAUGAGGGCAGAUACUUUAUCCACAAGCAAUAUAAAAAACCGAAUUGGUAACAAAUUGCCAGCUGAGAAAUUUGCAGAUGUCAGACAUCUGUUAGAUGAAAAACGUCAGCACACACGUCCACGGCCAGCUGGCAGCAGUACUAAAACAGAUAUACGCCAGCGAUUAGGAAAAAGACCAUAUUCUCCGGAAAAGGCUUUCGGUAGUAAUCCAGUUGUUCGGAGAGAGCCCUUUUCUGAUGUACAUAGUAGGCUGGGUGUUCCCAGGCAGGAUGUUAAAGGCCUCUACUCUGAUACUCGAGAGAAGAAGUCAGGUAGCUUAUGGACUCGCUUAGGAUCUGCACCCAAGACCAAAGAAAAGAAUAUGAAGAAAGGGGAUCACAGGGCGCCGGGCACAGAGGAAGACGACUCGGAGCUGCAGAGGGCAUGGGGGGCUCUGAUUAAGGAGAAAGAACAGUCUCGCCAAAAGAAGAGCCGUUUAGACAACUUGCCAUCUCUCCAGAUCGAAGUCAGUCGGGAAAGCAGCUCUGGCUCAGAGGCUGAGUCCUGAUGCCCUGGAGGCCGAGGCGGCCGCCCUGAAACCUGACAGUCUUGCAUAGGGCGGGGCGCACAGUAGGACCACCCCCCUUGGGAGUUGGCGCCCCUCCCCUCUUGCUCAUGCAGUCACCCUCCGCUCUUGCUAGUUCAGCAAGACAUCUUAGGAAACGUGACCUGUUUUGAAGGGCAUCCAUCUAAUCUUUUUGCUGCAGAGUUAUAAUUCUGGGCCCUUGAUUCUUUUCCCACCACCCCACAAGCUUUACCCAUUGAGGAAAAGGCAGCCCUCCAGAUUUUGUAGACAUUUUUUUCUUAAUAUUUUUAACAUCGUGUCUUUUAAGAGAAAAGUUUUACACAGUUCAUCCAAAGAGCAGAGAACUGAACUUCUCACUAUUGCCUUGGCCCUGACAGCUUUACCAGCACCCUUUUUCCAAGAAAAGUCGAUUCCCAGGUGCUUAUCGGACAGCCUUCGAGAGGAAAAGACUAGGGAAGCUGCCAGCUCACUCUUCCAGGAUCCUAGUGUGGGGGCUGACUCACAUGGACCUGACCUCAGAGGUGCAGCCGUGCUGCCCGGGUAGAUCAGAGCUGCAGCGCCGACCGCCCUUCGUUCCUCCCCGGGGAUCUCUGUCAGGAGCCUCGUUAGCAAUCAGCUUGAAGUGAAGAUCAAGUUCAGUGCUGUGGGGUUUUUAGGAACAAAAAACUGUGACUUCUGGAUUUGGGGUGGAUUUUCGUGCUAGGGGUGGGGUCAUGGGUUAAUGUUGAACAAUUUGUAAGUCUGUAUUAUGUUUAAAAAAUACUGAUGAUUUGAAAGUUUAAAUUUUUAAUUUUUAUAUGUGAAAAUACUUCCUGUUGGCCUCCAGGGAAGCUCAAGUGGUGUCUUCUUAUGUGCUGUUAAAUAUAUAUUAUAUACUUUGGAAGAAG